GUAACGAGUUCAGCCGAAUGCCGGCGAUGUUAUGUCCGUGUAAAGGAAGCUAGCUACCGAGCUAAUAUCGAGUUCACCGCUUUGGUGCUAUAUUCGUCGCCUUUCCAUUAAAUUUGCCAAACAGCUUAAGAGUGUAGCGGUACAAGUCUCACAUCAUGGACAGCGAAAUGUCUGACGUUGACCCCGCACCAGGACCUGAGACCAGCAGUAUGGAGGGGGAGAACGCACCACUGUACUGUAUCUGCAGGAAACCAGACAUCAACUGCUUCAUGAUUGGCUGCGAUAACUGUAAUGAGUGGUUCCAUGGCCACUGCAUUAACAUCACAGAGAAAAUGGCAAAAGCAAUCCGGGAAUGGUAUUGCAUGAGAUGCAGAGAUAAAAACCCCUCGCUGGAAAUAAAGUAUAGAUCAAAGAAAAGCAGAGAGAAGGAAGUUGAGGUUGACAGAGGAUCUGACAAACAGUACAGCACCCCGAGUACUCCUGACUAUAAGAGCGAAAGACGGCGUGGAUCCAAAGUGAAGCGCUCAGUCCGAAUGUGUGGGGAGUGUGAGCCCUGCAGAAGGACGGAGGACUGUGCACAGUGUGACUUCUGCAAGGACAUGAAGAAGUUUGGAGGCCCCAACAAAAUCAGACAGAAGUGCAGGUUCAGGCAAUGUGAGGUUCGGGCCAGGAAAAUGCUGCGCGUGAAGGAUGAGGAAUUGUCUUUGCAAGAAAGGAGGGAUAAUUCCUACCACAGGCGGAGACGAUACUCAGAGGACUAUGACAGUGAGGCGGAGCUGUAUCAGCAGUACAAGGCAGCAGGGCUGAGCAACAGCUUGACAUGGAAUAGUGAUGAAGAUGAAGAGCCGCCUUUCAGUCCUGUUAUGCGUAAGAAAGCUGUGAAAGUGAAACACGUCAAGAGACGAGAAAAGAAGUUUGACAAGAAAAAGGAGUCACGACGGCACAAACAGAAGCAGAAGCACAAAGACAGAACCAGAUACAGUGAGAAGGGAGAGCUCAGAGAUAGCACCGGUCUCCGUCAGUGUCUGGGGCCAAGCUGUGUGGAGGCAGCAAGAACCAACUCCAAAUACUGCUCCGAGGACUGUGGCAUGAAGUUAGCAGCCAAUCGGAUCUAUGAGAUCCUCCCUCAGCGUAUCCAGCAGUGGCAACAGAGUCCCUGCAUUGCUGAGGAGCACGGUAAGAAGCAGCUGGAGCGCAUCCGUCGGGAACAGCAGAAUGCCCGGCUGCGCCUCACAGAUAUGGAGCGACGCUUCCACGAACUUGAAGGCAUCAUUGCCAAGGCCAAGCAGCAGGCGGUUCAGCAGGACGAGGAGGUGAAUGAAGGGGACAGCGAGGAUACGGACCUGCAGAUUUUCUGUGUGUCUUGCAGUCAUCCCGUCAAUCCAAAAGUAGCACUGAGACAUAUGGAGAGAUGUUACGCAAAGUACGAGAGCCAGACUUCCUUUGGUUCCAUGUACCCUACGAGGAUAGAAGGUGCUACCAGACUCUUCUGUGAUGUUUACAAUCCCCAAAGCAAAACAUAUUGUAAGAGGCUUCAAGUUUUGUGUCCAGAACAUUCCAGAGAUCCGAAGAUCCCAGUGGAUGAGGUGUGUGGAUGUCCUCUGGUGAAGAAUGUAUUUGAGCUGACCGGAGAUUACUGCAGGGUCUCCAAAAGGAAAUGCAACAAGCAUUACAACUGGGAAAAGCUUAGGAGAGCAGAGGUGGACUUGGAGCGAGUGCGGGUGUGGUACAAGUUGGACGAGCUCUUUGAACAGGAGCGUAAUGUCAGGACUGCUAUGACCAACAGAGCUGGUCUGCUGGCUCUGAUGUUGCACCAAACUAUUCAGCAUGACCCUGUGACGACCGAUCUCCGUAGCAACAAGGAUAGGUAGUUGACAUAGUCUGCACAUGUUUUCAGGUCUGUGGGUCACUGUACAUAACGUGAGCUGUGAGUGUUACAGAUUUAAAUGAUAACUACCGCUUGGAUGAAAACGUAUUUUCUAACUAGAUAAUUAUUUUAAAAUCUUGUAUGAUUGUUAACUGUGAGAGGUAAAUGGAUAUAUAUUUUUCCUGACUGUGAUAGAUGAAUUACUGUUGUUUGAGAACAGCUGUUUUUGGUAUGAUCACUCUUAAUAAACACCUUGAGCUUUCUUCAGA